GACCACUUUUGGACGAGUGCGUGGUGGUGUACCUGGACGACAUCCUCAUCUACUCACGUGACAUGAAGCAGCACGUCGAACACCUGCAACGCGUCUUCAAAAUUCUUCGACGCGAACGAUUUUACGUCAAACUGUCCAAGAGCGAAUUCGCCCUUGAGAAGGUCCAAUAUAUAGGAUACUUGGUGAGUGCUCAAGGAGUUCACGUCGACCCUAAGAAAAUCGAAGCCGUACGUACGUGGAAGGCACCCGAGAACGUGAAGGAGUUGCAGCAGUUCCUAGGCUUCGCUAAUUACUACAACAGGUUCGUGCCACAGUAUGCGAAAAUCGCAGCACCACUCACGAAUCUGCUGAAGAAGAACACACCCUACAAAUGGGAGCCGAAGCACCAAGAAGCCGUGGAGCAGCUGAAGCAAGCACUUACGUCCGCACCCAUACUCAUCUUGCCAGAUCCCGAACGCGACUACGUCAUCGAAGCUGACGCUAGCGACCGGGCAGUGGGAGCAGUCUUAAUGCAAGAUCAAGGGAAUGGACUGCAACCAAUCGCCUACCGGAGUAAGAAACUACACAGGGCAGAACUCAGCUACCCGAUACACGACAAAGAGGCCCUUGCUAUCAUCAUCGCCUUCAAAGCAUGGAGAUGUUAUCUCGAAGGACGACGAACAACCGUCUACACCGACCACUGCAGCCUGAAAUACUUGAAGACACAACCCAACCUUUCCAGGCGGCAGGUCCGGUGGAUCGACUUCCUCGAGACACACUUCCACUACGACAUCGUGUACAAGCCCGGCCACAAAAACAAAGCCAACGCUCUCAGCCGGCCUACACACCCUUGGACCCUCUAGGGAUGAGCCUAGAGUGUUUGGCCUUGACAAGUUCAACGGUGACAACUUUGCUGAGUGGCCCUUCAAGAUGGAGAACAUCUUUGACCACUAUGAUCUGCUGGAGGUUGGCAAGGGUGGCCAACUUGGAUGGAUUGGUUGGGAAGGGACAAAUGUCAAAAUUGGGGUUCCUAUAGGGAGGGAAUCUUUGUGCUUAUGGGGUUUCCUUGGUUGGGGACUCUCUUGGGACCUUCCCUCUCGUCCCUCUCUUUCUAUCCCAACCUUUCU